AUGGCGCCCCAAGUCGUAGCCAGCAACAGCGUGCAUGAGAUCGACGCUCCGUGGUCGCCAACAGCGGACGCGCCUGCGACGCCGCCGCCCGAGACGCCACCGACGCCGUGUCCGCAUACGUUCCGCACCAACGACGGUACGCUGCACGGCUUCUUUGCGUCGAUGUUUCUCUACUCGGCGGGUCCGUUCUGCUGCUGCACGCGUCAGCGUCGGUGCAUGCAGUGCGGCGCCGUCUUGGAUGCGGAGAACCGCGCGAUCGAGCGGUCGUACAGCGAUAGCGACACUGACGAGUCGCACGGUAAUAUGCCAGGCGACGCGCCCAGUGAGACAACGCCGAUAUUGCCACGACCGUGA